UGCAGAGCGUGAGCUAUGCUGCAACCUGCAAGCGACAGUCCGUAGGGAGCGGUUGACAGUGCUUGACAGUGCUUUCAUCUGAGUCAUCUUAUUAAUACCUUACGAGUGAUUGGUCCAUAGAAGAUAACUUGUGGUCAGGAUCAUCAUGCAAAAAUUAUUGUUUAGAGCCAUAAGGAUUAUUACAUUUUGGACAGCUUGCGUCUUAAUUGAAUUGGAAGUUAUUUCUCCGGCAGUAACUUUUCUGAGAACAGCAACCUUCCAUCAUUUAAACCGUGCUCGUCCUAGGACUGUCACCAAGGAAUCAAAAGAAAUGGCUUAUUUCAACUUCGUAGAGUGCUUCAUGGAGUUGCUGCUCUCUAAUGUUGAGCCAUACUCUGGCAUUGCCCUGGUGCGUUACAAGGGAAAAAAGGACCUGGAUGAAAUCCUUCACUGGGCAUGGGACAAUUAUCAUUUUGAUUGUGAUGCUUUGGAACCAUCGGUGAAGUCUGAAGAUGAAGCCGAGCGCUUGCGAUUUGCAGGUGAUUUACAUUUUCAAAUGAAGAGUUAUAAUAGAGCCCUGGCAUUCUAUAAUCUGAGUAUCAUGGCUGCACCUCAUCCAGUGUUGAGUAAUGAAGAGGUUGAAGGAAGUGAAGACAACACAACAGAGUUUGCCUUUCCUCGCAUCGACCCUGCCAGGUAUGGUGGCGUAGCCCUAGAGAGAUGUACUGCCUUGGGGAAAGGAUUUGCAAGUAGAUCAGCUUUUAUGUUGAAUUUGAAGACUAUGAGAAAUGUUUGCAAGAUAUUGAUCUGGCUCUAGAUACGGAUGUCCAGAAGAACUACGUCCUCAGCUUGAGGAAAGACGGUUAAAGUGCCAAGCAGCGCAAAGGAAGGUUGGACGCCCAGACUGCAGGACAAGACGUUUGGCUGCAGAUAAUCCAUUUUUAGUGAUGCUAAGGGAAUCCAUGAAGGAGCGAUUAUCCGUCAGGUUUCUGAAGCCUCCAGCGUUAAUCGACCCCAAUCCGUGCACACCAGCUCUUAGUAGUGCUGUCGAAGUGUCACACUGGCCCAAUAAAGGAAGAGGACUGAUUGCAACUAGAGAUAUCAAACCAGGUGAGGUACUGUGUCUGGAAAGGGCAUAUGCAGUUGGUCUUGGUAAAGGCCAGUUGACUACAAAUUGCUCCACUUGUACUCGCGAGUGUGUGAAUCCUCUUCCUUGUCCUGGCUGCACCCAGGUUGUGUUCUGUAGCAAAUCCUGCCGUGUUAGAGGUCUUUCAGAAGACCACUGGCUUGAGUGCAAGAUUUUGACCUCUGUGCUUGCCCAUCAUUUAGAGUCUAGGGCAUGCGCCUAUAAAUUAUUGAAAACAUUUAACUGCAGUCAGAUGAUAUCUAUCUGCAAUAAGCUCAAGGAUGAUCAACCAUCACUUCCUGAGCAAGUAGGAUUCGAUAGCACAGGAAAGUACAGUCGUCCUCAUUUCAGUCAGUUUACCAUCUUCAUCAAGAUUAUGGCAGCUUUCAAACUGUACCCAACGAAAAGUCUAGUCAACCACUCGUGUUGUCCUGUUAUGUCACACUCUUCCUUUGGUCGGGAGACUUUCGUUUAUGCCAUAAGACCAAUUGUAUCUGGUGAGGAGCUCACAAUUUCUUAUGGAGAUUACUUCAACACUGAAGUGAAGAGUGUAAGAAGUGAAAAACUCCAGAGGAACUAUAGAUUUGUGUGCAGAUGCCAAGCCUGUGAAGAGAACUGGCCAACAACCAAGUGUCUGCCUGCAAUUGUGUUGCGCUGCGAGUAUUGCAACAAACCACACUCCAGUGUGGAUGUGCAGUGCGAUGAUUGUCUGCCAAGAACAAGAAGUCGGAAUGCAGUCGCCAAGAAGGCGCCAAAACGGAAGCAGAAUUCUCAGGUGGCUCCAGCACUCAGGGUCUUGCAUCGAGUGGAGGGCAAAAUAAGAACGGGAAAACCCAUAUCUAAAGAGGAAUUCAGACGCCUUUGCGAGGCAUCAGAGGUGGCCUUUAAACAUUCUGCAAUGCCUUCCAAAUCCCUGGUGGGUUUCAUGGGGUCAGUAGAGGUUUGUGCUGAUGCUGGAUUGAUGUACACUGGGUGAAGUGACUGACUAGGCUACAUUUAA